AUGUCCUCGCCCAGCCGCAGUGACUCUGAAUCCGAGUCCCGUUAUGACGACGAUGUACCCGAAUCAUCCGGGUCAGAUUCUGAUCUCGACCCUUCGGCUGCUCAGUGUCCCUCUUCAAACAAUGAUCACGAUACAAUGGACAUCGACUUAUCUUUCGAUGCUGCACUCCCAAUGAAUCCAUUCGUCGCUCGGGUGCGCCGCGCACUGCAGGGGAUACAGGCCGCAGGACUAAGCUUACCGGAGCUACUCGAUGCAGUCACCUGGGGCGAUCAGGCUUGCCGGCGCGAUCCUAUCAUUUCGGGGGCGUGCCGAUCUCUCAUGCAGAGCGAUUUAUUGCCUUCGAUGUUGCAGAGAUGGGCGAAGCCGCCGAGCACCGCAAAAGGGCGACGCCCGGAGGGCGGGUCGGCGGCUGUGAAGGAGGCAGCCCGGGCAAUUGUUCAGGACGAGCUGCUGGACGAGAUCAAAGCCGUGUCUGCUCAUGUUCUGCAAUCCAACGACAAGCAGGACCUGACUGCUGAAGAGCUUACCAGCAUUCGCUUCCACGACAUCAUCCCUCGUGUUCAGUCCCUCGCGCCAGGCGUCUGGAAUCUCCUACGCUCCUUGGGCUACAGCAAGCGCCAGGAACAGCAUAAUACGCGAAAGAACCCGGACAAGGUUCGUUCUGGCAAGAAUUUACCAUACCCUUUGCUCACUGGACAUCCGAAGACCAUAUUUACCAUUGUAUCGAUGCUCUGCUACACGCGCAACAAGAACUGCGGGCGGUAUCAGAAGGCAAUGAGUAUUUAUGUCAAGUUCAAAGGCCUGACAGCAAAAGCUUUCGACACCCUACACUCCGUCGGCCUCGUCAUGAGUCACAAAUGGACCGGAAACGCGGUCGACAAGAUUUCGCAACGCGCAAUGAACGAGGUCGUCGCUCUCAUGCAGGCAAACAGUGCCUGGCUCAUCUCGCACGACAACGUCCAGCUCCCUUUCCGCGUAUUUUCGCAGAGGCUCGACAAGAACACGACUUUUGGGAGUGGAACCGCUGCCACUGUCUACUUCAAGCGUAGCGCUACGCCCCUCGCGUCCGAAGUGAACGCCGAGCUGAAGCGCACGCGCGCAGAGGGGCUGAACAAGCCGCUUGACUUGCUUUGGAUCGCAGAGCGCGAGAACGAAGUUGCGCCGCACUUGCGCAUGCAAGCGAUACACGAGAUCCUGCGUGUCAUUGUCGAGGCUCCCGAAUUCGACUUUGCCACAUAUUCGGACAAGAAUAAUGCUUGUCUCGAGCGCCCGCCUCCCCGCUUCGGCCUGCCAUUCGGGGACGAGCACCGCACUGUACAGCGCAUGCUCGGUACGGUGAACAUCCCCGAGGCGAGCUAUGAAGACAACGAUCGCCUGAUCGAGGAAUGGCUGUCCCAGCUCGACCUCUCAGGCCUGGAGAAGCAGGAGGAGGUCGGGCUGCGGCGCAUUAUCUUCUGGAUUGGCGACCAACUCACCGUUGAUCGCCUUCGUGGACUCUUCAAGUUCCAUGCCGAGGAGUUUAAUUCGUUCGACCGUCUCGAUUGGCUCAUUGUCGUCUUCGGCUGGCUUCAUUUGCAGAUGGCCUUCGCAAACUCUCUCCACAAGCAGUAUGUCGGCACUUCGCACGGAUACGGCCUCGCGCGCGUCUUCGAUCUCUUGAACCUCAAGGGUCUACACAAGGUUCAGACGAAGGGUGUUUUCUACCAUGAUCUUGACGAAGCGAUUUGCCACACUGCAGAGGCGCAUUUUCGGGUCGAUUGGAAGGGUGUGGCGGGGGUAGACGAUCUCGCGGAGCUUCGCAAUCGCAAGGGUGACGAGCUGUUGAAGUUGGCUACACGCAUACACGAUGAACGGGCAUCAGGUGCUGCGCUCAACGCGAUGGACGAGAUGGACGAAGACGAGCGGGACGAGCGCUUGCGUCAGGUCUAUAUGUGGAACCGUGAUGUUGUGCAUUACAUGGUCCUCAACGAGGCUAUCAAGCGUGGUGACGUAGGGACCAUGGAAGACAUGUUGCCCUUCCUCCUCUUCCGCUUUAUUGGUGGAAACAAUAACAAGUAUUGUAUCGAAGUCCUCGAAUUGAUGCAGGGGCUCUAUCGCGAGUGGCCUGAGCCAAUCUGUCGCUUUGUACGCGAGCAUUGCUGGCUCGUCAACAUGUCUGGAACAGCCCAAGGCUUCUGUCCUGUAGAUCAGGCCCAGGAGCACAAUAUCAAGGAUAUCAAGGCAUGGCCAAGCAUUGACUGGGCAUUCCUCAAAAAGAUGCAUCCUGCUAUACCGGUCAUACGAGAACUGAGUAAACAUAUGGAACGGGAGUUUAGGACGAACACGCGUGGAUUGAAGCACACAGUUCCGAAGAAAGACCAGGACGUGCGCACGCUUCAGGCGGUAUACGAGCAGGCUGACUUGCAUACCCAUGAGUGUGGGCGCACGCUGAAACCAGGCAAGAAGGAUACGGCGAAGGACUUCUUAUCACUUGGUCUCGACAAGCUUCUGGGUGUACUCGAGCGAUGGGUUAGUGGCCGACUGUACACGCGACGCACCGACGAGGACUACGAGGUGCUUAGUGACGAAGGGAGUUCCGAUGAGGAGGCCACUGAGGAUGUGUAA